AUGGGAAAAUUCACUGGUGAUGCCGGAGAAACGUCUGUAGAUGUAGAAAGUCCACGAGAGCAGACGACUUCGAACAAAAUGCCUCCAACUAAGUCACCGCGACAACACGACCAACGAUUGCCUCGGAAACAGCGUCAGCAUGAAUCUUCCAGAAAAGCCAAUCGGCAUCUGGUCAAGCAGAACCUGCCGUCUUCUUCUGGUGGAAUCAAGCUUCGAAUCUCUUCAGCAAACACUUUCACCAGAAAUGGAAGUAGGCUCAACAAAGAUGGGUUGGAGACAAGAAGUGAUGCCGAGUUACAGGUUGUUCCCACAAUUGGCAGCCAUGCGGAGGUAGCCAAUCGGAAACGGAACCGGCGACCGUUGAGUUGCUGUCGACGUCUGCCUUCGGAGACUGCCUCCUCUUGGCCCGACGGAGGCGCUGGUUGGGCGCUGGCGGUGCGAAUGAGGCUCGUGCCUCGAGGCAUGCGCAAAUCGAGAAAGGGGGCUGGCAACUGGCAUCAACCCUCGGAGCUGCUUGCCGUCAUGCGGAAAAAGCCGAUUCUCAUCGUACGGACUAUCAGUUGUCAGUUGCCAGUUGCCAGUCGUCUGGAUCGUCUGUCGUCAUGCCGGCAGCUGACCUGUAGCACUACUUCUUCGCCACGCCUCCUUCCGGAUACCGGCAUUGCGCUACUCCUCGCGACAACACAGGCCCGUCAGGCUUUGGCCAUUGCAACAAGAGUCGUCAAGACGGGACACACGCAUGGGGGCUCACGAGAGAGCAGGAGGGGGGACAGAAAAAGUUGUGGACUGGGCGAAAUGGAUGAACCAGCAGAGAUGUCGCCAAACCUUUUAUUGGGUCGUUGA